GGCUCCGCCAAUGGCAAACUGCUGCGUGCCGGGAGGACUCAGAGGCGGCGCGGUGUGGUGCGGCGGGUGCGGUUCAGUCGGGCGGCGGCGACCGUGGAGGAUGUGGGCUACGCAUUGUCUGGCGGUGGCGCUGGCCUUGAGUGUAUUGCCAGGCAGCUGGGCGCUGCGGCCCGGCGACUGCGAAGUUUGCAUUUCUUAUCUGGGAAGAUUUUACCAGGACCUCAAAGACAGAGAUGUCACAUUCUCACCAACUACUGUUGAGAAAGAACUUAUAAAGUUCUGCUGUGAAGCAAGAGGCAAAGAGAAUCGCUUGUGCUACUAUAUUGGGGCCACAGAUGAUGCUGCUACAAAAAUCAUCAACGAGGUGUCAAAGCCUCUGUCCCACCACAUCCCUGUGGAGAAGAUUUGUGAGAAGCUGAAGAAGAAAGAUAGCCAGAUCUGUGAACUAAAGUAUGACAAGCAGAUUGACCUGAGCACAGUGGACCUGAAGAAGCUCCGAGUGAAAGAGCUGAAGAAGAUCCUGGAUGACUGGGGAGAGACAUGCAAAGGCUGUGCUGAGAAAUCUGAUUACAUCCGGAAGAUAAAUGAACUGAUGCCUAAAUAUGCACCCAAGGCAGCCAGUGCUCGGACUGAUUUAUAAUCUGCCCAACCCAAUUCCUGCUGCACCUGAGGGGAAGAAGUUUGGCUGUUUCUUGCCAAAACAGCCUUUUUGUAAUUUAUUUUUUAAGCAGGCUCCUGACAAUAUCAAAUGUGAAGUCUGGAGCUUUCCUGAUGUGGGCUCUGUGGUGCCCCCAUAGUGGGAUUCAUUUCCUUCUGUUGUUGGUUUACUCUAGGACUUCAAAGUGUGUCUGGAAUUUUUUUAUUAAAAGGAAAAAAAAUAA